AUGACUCAUAUGGAUUUCUUCGUGGUAUCAGGGUGGACAUUCAGCCAACAGAGUAGUCUGAAGACACAUCAGCGUAUACAUAGUGGGGAGAAGCCAUUUUUCUGUGAUGUGUGUAGUAAGUCAUUCAAUGUUAAGAGUAAUCUCAAGACACAUCAGCUCAUACAUAUUGGGAAGCCGUCAUAUUUCUGUGAUGUAUGUAGUAAGGCAUUCAAUGAACAGAGUACACUGAAAACACAUCAGUGCAUAUAUACUGCUGAGCUGUCAUUUUCCUGUGACAUGUGUAGUAAGUCGUUCAGUCAGCUGAGGAGUCUGAAGAAACAUCACCGCAUACAUAGUGGGGAGCGGCCAUUUAUAUGUGACGUAUGUAAUAAGUCAUUCAUUUCGAAGAGUGAUCUGAAGAAACAUAUGCACAUACAUACUGGGGAGCGGCCAUUUUACUGUGAUGUAUGUAAUAAGUCGUUCAUUCAUCAGAGUCAUCUGAAGACACAUCAGCGCAUACAUAGUGGGGAGAAGCCUUUUUGCUGUAAUGUAUGUAAUAAGUCAUUCCGUCAGCAGAGUACACUUAAGAUUCAUCAACGCAUACAUAGUGGUGAGCAACCGUUUUGUUGUGGUGAGUGUAAUAAGUCAUUUAGACAGCAGAGUAGUCUGAAGUCACAUCAGCGCAUACAUAGUGGGGAGAAGCCUUUUUGCUGUAAUGUAUGUAAUAAGUCAUUCCGUCAGCAGAGUACACUUAAGAUUCAUCAACGCAUACAUAGUGGUGAGCAACCGUUUUGUUGUGGUGAGUGUAAUAAGUCAUUUAGACAGCAGAGUAGUCUGAAGUCACAUCAGCGCAUACAUAGUGGGGAGAAGCCAUUUU